AAAAAAAACAAAAAAACAAAGAAAAAAAAAAAAAAAACCAAGCUCUUUAGACCGUUAAAAGAUAAUAAUUUGAAGGAAAUUUUCUUUAGCUACUUGAGCGGUGAUCUUUCGCAAUUAAAGUGAUCUCCUUACCGCUGUUUAAAAUUCUUGAUCGUGUUAUGUAAUUGAAAUGCGUAACUAAAUGUUUUCAUAUACACUUUCUAUCGUUUAAUCCGAACGAAUAUUUAAUGACCAUUUAAUGGCCAUUUAUGAAUAAACAUUUUAUUAAAUUAAUAUUUCCUUUCUUUGGAUCAAUUGACGUAAUACGCUAUCAACAAACAAGUGCAAAGUAAAGCAGUAGCAAUUAAUUCAACUACGAUAAUAUCGCCAGCAUAAUUACUAAGUACUUUGUUGUCAAUUUUUUAAACUGGCGUGUCCUAUUCGAAGCUGAUGUUUUCAUUUUUACAAAAGGGGCUAUUGUUUACCAAAGAUACGACACAAUUGGAUAGAUGGACAGACGGACAUGCUCAGGUGCAUUUCGAAUUUGAAACUGGCGAAGAAUACAUAUAUACUCUCUGAAGUUUUUGAAGGUCGGUCCUGGUCGCUGAAAAAAGAUGAAGGCUGAAGAUAAAAGACUAUACUCCUUAUCCUUCGGCGAUGGGGAAUAAAAGCUAAUGAAAAUUUUUUGGGGGAAAAAAAAUGAUUAACAAAUUGAAAUAAUAUUAUAUAUGAAUGUUAAAAUUUUUUAGAGAUUUGCGCAUCAUGCCCAAUACAUAUCCGCCGAAAAGUGAUAGUUAUGAAGGAAAUUAUUAUCAGAGCUAUGCCAGUCCAUUUGGAUCGUCUAACAAUGAGCGACAUCAACAGCUACUUAUGACUGCCCAAGCCAAAAGGAAAUUCAGUUUUCCAGCCACUUUACAUUCGAGCGCACUGCUAGAGCAAUAUCACCAGCAAUCAACUCGACGACGCUUAAGUAAUGUCAGCGAUGCGGUAACACGAAAGUUAUCCUAUACGAUCGGAUGGAAGAGUCAACAAAUAUCGGCACAGGAUAUAAUAACACAAGGAUGUUGUCUAUGCGGUCAAUAUAUCAAACGUCGUCUACGCCGAUCAGGUCUUUUCAAUAAGAAAUUGGGCUUGCAACGCAUACGCAGUAUUAUGAGAGUAACUACUACGACAGUUGUACGUGAGGUCUUCCCUGCUGUUUUAGUGUUAGGCGAUGAGUUAGAACGUAUGCAUCCGCGUGUUUAUAACGGUAUAGCCCGGCAAAUUUGUCGUAAUCCCGGUGGUGAAUUCCAGUCAGUCGACACUGUUAAUCUGCUGCUGAGUGCCGUUGCGCGGGAUUUAUUUCGCUUAAACAUAACAUGGAGUAAAAUUGUUUCAUUAUUUGCCAUUGCCGGUGGCUUAUCGGCAGAUUGCGUUCGUCAAGGUCAUUCCGAGUACUUACCCAAGCUAAUGGAAAGCGUAUCUGAUAUCAUAGAGGACGAAUUGGUGCCAUGGAUUAAUGAAAAUGGCGGUUGGUUAGGGAUGAAUAAUCAUGUUCUUCCAGCUACAAAAAAAUUAAAACCUCUAGAAUGGUCAACUAUAGUAAUUUGCGGUAUAUUUGGUUUAUUUGUUCUAUAUGUUAUAGUAAAAUUCUUCUUAACAUUUAUAAUACCCGAACUCUAUCAACGAAUUAUGGGAAAAUAAGAAAAUAAAUGAAAGCAAAAAAAAGUCAAAUUAACCUUCUUUUUCUCCAAAUCUGAUCGGUUAAGUAAGAGAGCAGUAAAACGGCCAUCGCCAAAGUUUCAAAAUCCACUAACCAUAAUCGUAAACCACAGAAUGAUGUGAAUAUUUAACUAAUGCGAAAUGCUUGAUAAGAAAAUAACUUAUCAGAAAUGUAAUUAUGUCCCGGGCUAGAAAGAUUUAUAAUUUGACUUCGAUUUUAAUUAGUUGAGAGAGAAAAGCUCUCUAUCAUAAGGUGACAUGGAUUUUUCUUACUUAUCGAUAAUCAUAAAUAAGAUUUUGAGGCUUUUCUUUGAGACUAACGUAUCUCAAUACGGUUUUCAUUUUCGUUGCCGCUUAUAUUGGAAAUAUUAUUUCGAAAUGAUAAUUAUCUACAUUUGAUCAUAUAUAUAUUUUAUUAGUAAAAUAACAAUUGAUUUAAUCCAUCUAAACCUGUCGUUUGACAUUAAGCCCUUUCAUAAAAUGAUUAAUAUUUAAAAUAUGUUGCAUUACGAUUUAGUCGAUGACUUUUGUGACAUUUCUAAGAGGCUCUCUGAUCUGUUGGAAUUUUCCUACCACGGAUUACGGAUCGCUGGUUAUCGAUCAUUGUUGAUCCGAAAGCUUUUAUAAGACAAUUCUCGUUUCGUUCUCUCUCUUUCUCUCUCCGCCUGUCUUACGAAUAUUUUCAAAAGACAAACUGCAUAUGCUAAUGAUUAGAGAAAAUUUUGCACUCUCCAGAUCUCUUUGAAAUCAAUCUUACUCAAAUUACUAGCAUUAUUAUUGUAAAGUUUUGUUUGCUCUCAGAGAAGAUUUCUCUGUUUACUUCGCAGCAUUAGGAGAUUGCUGACAUUGCUGUUAUUAUAAAGUUGUGUUUACUCUGAGAGAUAAUUUCUUUAUUGCAAAAUCUUAGCUUACUUGAGCCUGAAAAAGGGAGGGAAAGAUAUAAAGAGAGGAUCACCAACAUUCUUCUUAACAAUUGCUUACACGAAUAUAAAUCUCUGGAUG